UUUGAAACGCAUUAAGAAUUAAUCCGCACAUGACCAGCAGCGUAGGGCUUAGGUAGGGUUCAUGGGGCGCUGGACGGUGCUAAUUUCACCACCGCUGCAAAACCCCAACCUCCAUUUACCGUAAAAUCCCCAAUCCAAAAGAUAGCAGUGGCCGAUACAAAGCUCGAAGCUUUUUUAAUGGCGUCCUAAUUACAUCCCUUCAGACGCAAUUCCAGAACGACGUGGCCUGCAUCAAAAGCUCUCAGCUCAUAUCGAACCUUCACUCUCAGACCUCUGCCACACUUUUUUUUGUACUUCUUCCUUGUUCAGUUCUUCUCCUUACUUCUUCAGUUCAUUGCCGAUGUCGAAUUUUGAAUUCGAAUACAAAAUUUUCAAUUGGUUCAAAGAUUUCAUGGCCAGGCUUAGCAAUUUUGACGAGUUGGUGGCCACCGGAAGCACAUUACUCGUCAACUUUCAGCAGGGGCUGGAGUUUCUUCGACGACCUCGGAUAGAUGAGACAUCGGAUUUGGUUAAAAACAUAAUCCGAGGUAAUGAAACAAAGAAGGUUAAGUCAUAUGUUGAAGCUGGAUGUCUCAACGCUGAUGAUGGCAGGCGAAAUAUAAGCAAGUUGCAUACAUGCCAACUUGGACUUUGUGACCAUCUAAGUAAAGGCAGAAACGUACUUAAUGAACUUGAAUGCCUCCUGGAGGAUGUAAAUGGUGCAAUGCGAACUGCAAUGGGAAAUUUACCCGACUUUCAGGGUGACAGUUUUGCGGACAGGUUGAAUGAAGAAGCAUGCAACGGUGACAAGGAGGAAUUUACGUCAUCCCAUCCGAAAAGAAAUGAAGUUAUCGAUUAUGUUGUCGUGAUGGGUGUCAUUUACAGUAUGGUCAAGCAAGACUAUAUGAUGCAGGAGAGGAUCGUCUCUGCACUUAAUCCCAAGUCAUCUUCAGGAGAGUUAGAGAGCUACUGCCUGAUGUGGUCUUUGCGUCCGUUCAUAAAUAACGAAAUUAAGGAUUAUGCUUGGAAACUUAUUCCCUGAAUGUUGCGGAAAUCUGAAUGCCAAGGUUUGCUUACUGUCAGAUUGUUAAAUUAAUUGUCAUAAUUUAGUUUAUUUCACAAAAUUAUAAAUAGAACUUUUAAAAAAAUUUAGCUUUUUCUUUAACAAGGAAAUAAAACCUUCAUUAUAUUGAAUAUUAGUUUACAAGGGUAGUGUAAUUUACAAUCCAUUGACCAUCCCAAAACCCAUGUGACAAAAUUAGGUGAUAUUUUAGUUCUCCCUUGAGAGAUGCACUUGGUAUAGCAAGCACCUUCGAUGUUUGAUACACCAGUCUCGCUCCAAUAGUGUUCAUCGUCUCCAAUUAAGAACCUGUUGUGAUCCGUUGACAGAGUUGUCUUUCUUGUACCUAAUUAUUCAAACAUGUUAGCAAACAUUUAUCAGAACCAACUAGCCUCUUAGCAUGCACUCUACGAUUAAACAUCAGUUGGUUCUAUAUCCCGACAAUCCAAACAAGAGCACGACAUCUUCGUCUUUCCCCAGAUUGCAACCAGGAUGUAGGGAGAUGAUCUGUCGCCUAGGGAUGAGAUAAUGCAUAAAGCUGAAAAGGCCCAGCGUCCAUGGAUCCGAGGAUGACCAUUUCUUUCCUAGCAAGAUUGAUGUCUAUGCUGGUAGAGGAUGUCACGUGUUGAGUGUAACGAUUGCAGGCAAACUGUCCGGCACUAGAUGGUGAAGUCUGGAGUUCCGAAAUUCUCCGGCUCUUUAGGAGUGGGUAGGAUACACCUGCAAAUGUACACAAAUGAAGCUCAUGCACGAGUUUUACAAUGACAUCAAAAUCAAUCGUUCGUGAGUCUUAUGUAUCUUCGUGCAGGUUUCCGACGUGGAACAUACCUCAAAACUUGAAUGUUGUGCAUGAACAAUGAAUGGAAAGCCCUGGCAGACAAGAUUUGUAUUUUGAUUUUGAUUUUGAUUUGGAAACUUGAAAUACUUUUUGAGUGAAGUUAAAAUAUUUGAGUUUCAAUAUAAGAUUUGAGUCUAAGACGGA